AUAUCAUUUUCAUCUCUAUACCUAUCUGGUUCAUCAUAGGUUCAUGGCGCCUACGGCUGCAAUGCUGAUCCUCUCCCAUCACAAUAAACCUUCUUUAGCUUCUUCUCCACCGUUGGUAUCGGUUGCAGCAGCAUCUAUUGAGAUGAAGGCCUCUGCAAAUAAGAUGGUUUUGCAAAAGAUAUCUGGGGUUGAUAGCAAAGGGCCAACAAUGGAAGCUACUGAUUCUGCAUUGGAAAAGAGGUUCCGUGAAGCUCUUGAACUUAGCUGCUGGUAGAGGCUGAUGUAUGUGACUUCAUCCUCCUGCUGUUAUUAGGGUUAGGUUGCUAGAAUAGAAAGUUGCUUGUAAA